AUGUCAAUGAUUGUACUUUCAAUUGCAUUAAUUAGUGCUUGUCAUUCCCAAAUACUGCCACUUGUGUUGAUGCAUGAAGAAGUAGAAGAAUUCAACAGAGCAUUUUACUCAUUUCUUCUUAAAUAUCUCAUCGAAUCAAUAUGCAUUCAUCUAAACAUGCCACAUCAUUUUAGUGUUAUUUCUUUGAGGUGUUGUCAUUGCGUCAGUAAACGACUCAUAGACUUUAAUUCCCAACUGAUGAUUUCUGUCUCCAUGAUGGUUAACCACAAAUUAGGCCUGAAAUUAUAA